UUGGUGUCCGGUCGGCUGUGCAGAGGUUGAAAGUCAUGGCAGGUCCUGAUCUGAUGAAAACUCUUCUGUAUACCAUUAAUAAUCUGCUGCAACAAGAGAAAUACAAAGCGGCACUGGCAGUUUUGAAAGGAUUCAGAAAUGGCGUCGUAUAUGGCGCCAAAAUCAGAGCUCCACAUGCCCUGGUGAUGACAUUUCUAUUCAGAAGUGGCAGUUUGAAGGACAAGCUCAAAGCCAUUUUGAAGGCCACUUACACCCAUUCCCGCAACCUGGCGUGCUUUGUGUUCACAUAUAAAGGACUGCAAACCCUGCAGCAGAAGAUCCAGGGAAAGAGUUUACAGUCUCAGUCCUUUCUGGCUGCCUGUAUUGGAGGAUGGCUAGUGUUUGGAGAUAACAACAGCAUCAAUAGCCAGAUCAACAUGUACUUGCUGUCCCGGAUCUUGUUCGCACUGUCUCGGCUGGCUGUAGAGAAAGGAGUUAUCCCCCAGCCUAAGCACGACCCUUUCCCACUCUUCGCCACCCUGGUGUGGGGCAUCGUCUUGUGGCUGUUUGAGUAUUACCCACACACCCUCCAGCCCUCACUGCAGUCCUCCAUGAACUACCUCUACCAUGACAGCAAUGUGUGGCAUGAUAUAACAGACUUCCUUGUUUAUAAUAAGCCAAGGACAGCUGCUCAAAAAUAAAGCUUUAGUGUUUUAGUAUGGACUAGCUCUCUACAAUACAAUAAUUACAUUUUUAUUGUUUUUAUAAUUACUAUUAUUCCAAUAUUAUUGAAUGUUGCCUUCUUUAAAUUAUUGUUUGAUUAUGGUUUGUACUAUAGGACUUUUUUUGUUGUUAAUGAUUGAUUCGUGGACCUAUUCCUUUCCUUUCCUUGGUUCAUGCUUGUUUGACUCCAGAUUUCUAGCUAAAGCAAUAGACCAGCAUAUUGUUACUGGAUAAAAUCAGGUUUAAAUAUUAAUCUCUGUGUCCAGUAUGGUUUUCCUGCUGAUAUUUGGGUGAUUGUAUAAUCGUCUGAUUUUAAUUUCAACAAUCACUAUGGGACAGAAUAAAAGGCAAAUGGUGUUUAAUGUAAUCUGUUAUAAAGACUAAAAUAUGGCAGCUGUUAAAUUGUAGCACUGAGUGUCUGCAAAGCAGUAUGCAGGUUAAUAUACUACCCGAGGUAUGGCUUAUUCAACUCAUGUUUCCUUUGUUCUCUGUAAUGAACUGAGGCUCUUCCUCACACUGUGGACUCUUCGCUAAGACAUUGAGCUCCUCCCUGAAGCAUCUUCACAAGAAAUACUGGAUUUACAUGCUUAUGUUUUUGUUAAUUUCAUGAUGCUUUUGUUAGUUUAAAAGGUGGAGGUGUGCCAUUAUUACAUAACAUUUAAUGGAGGCUGAAUGAAUGAGUUUUAGUUAAACCUGUUUCCAAGGUUUUCUUCUGUUCUUAAUCAU